AUGAAAAAGCUUGUAAAUUUGAAGUAUAAGGAUAGUAUUACUAUCAGUGGACACUUGAAUGAGUUUCAAAGUAUAGUGAAUCAAUUGAUCACAAUGAAGUUGACCCUUGAAGAUGAACUACAAGCUUUAUUGUUCAUGAACUAUUUAUUAGAUUAUUGGAAAAUCUUGGUGAUAUCUGUCAGUAAUUCUGCUUCAGAGGAUAAAUUAUCAAAGAGUAUGGUUACUAGUGCACUAUUGAAUGAUGAGACCAAAAUAAAGUCCAUGGAUUCAAAUGAUGCACAAACACUUGUCAUAGAAAACAAGAGAAAGAGAACGAGAAAUUUUAUAAAGCAAAAGGUGGUGAUAAAAGUGUCUAUGAAUGGCUCCAAGUCCAGGUCAAAAGCUAUGAAGAUUGCAGUUGGAGUUUCAGGAGUGGAAACUGCAGCUAUUCAAGGGGAAAACAAAGAUCAAAUAGCGGUAACUGGAGAAGGGAUUGAUUCAGUUUGUCUGACAUCACUUCUAAGAAAGAGUUUUUGCCAUGCAGAACUUGUGAGUGUUGGCCCUGUGGCUGUGGAAGAGAAGAAAAAAGAGGGAAUUACACUACCAAUAGUGUGGCCUUAUGUGAGUGGUGUUCCUCAGUGCCCAGUCUAUGAGAUAAGGCACCCAUCUCAAUAUCAGGACCCUUCUUGUUCCAUCAUGUGAUCAAGAGAGUUUUCAAAGGAAGAAUGAUACCAAGAAAACAUACAUUGAUUAGGCUUUUUAAUUUAUGUAGCAUUGUUGCAACCAAAUCCUUCUGCUGUCUGCAACAUGUUGGACCUCGUUUCAUCGAUAA